AUGUUAACCUCUGAUGUGUCAAGUCACAAGACUAUGGAUACUAGCCAUUCCUCACCCGACUCAGAUUAUGCAUUGUACGAAAAGAAUCAUCUUCUUUUGAAGCAGAGAUACAAGUAUGUACGCCAAAUCCAAAGAGGAUCUUUUGGAAUGGUUACUUUAGCUAUUGAUGUCAAGACAAAUACCCAUGUGGCCAUGAAGACUAUGUUCAAGGCAAAAGAAGUUGCGCCUAUGGCUUGGAACGAAAUCAACAUUUUGAGCAAGUUGGGCCACGACAACGAGCACAUUUGUCAGUUGUUAGACCACUUUGAAACGAAGGACUACAUCAUUUUGGUGUUGGAAUACUGUGCCAAUGGCGAUUUGUAUGAUAUGAUCCACUCGACUUCAAACGGUCCUCGCGCUGUGGAUGUGUGGAAUUUGGCAAAGGAAAUUUACCAUGGACUUCAGUAUGCGCAUAACUUGGGCAUUUUCCAUCGGGACUUGAAGCCUGAAAACAUUUUAUUCACAGACGUGGGCAGAGUCAAGAUUUGCGAUUGGGGUUUGGCUACAUAUUCCCGGUACAGCGCACACUUUAAUGUUGGAACUGAAAAGUACAUGGCACCUGAAUGUUUCCUCAACAGUCCUGUUAGUGCCAGUCCUGUCGUUGAUUCUUACGAUUGCAAGUACGCUGACUACUGGUCAUUAGGAAUUACAUUAUUGACUGCGGUUUUCGGUACGGCGCCUUUCAAACCUGUCAGAGUGAAUGAUGCUUUGGGUUCUGCAGAUGACUUCAAACGGAAAAACAAGUCUGUGAAGAAAUCAUUGGAGUCAGACUCUAAUUUUAAGCACUUUGUCAUGUAUAAUAUGCCUGAAGUGUUGUAUGACAUUUAUCCAACCAUGAAUGAAAAUUGUUUCAAAAUCUUCAUGAAUUUGCUCAAGGCAGGUGGCGUGGAAGAUGACAUCGAAAGUUACAAUAAGAAGAUUCGCCUGAGAAGCUUGGACAAGUUCAUUGAAGACUUGGAAAAUAACUGGAAGUUCGGUUUGACAGUAUGGGAAGAGGAGGAGCUCUACGAGAAUGAGUACAAUGAUGAGAAGAACAACCUGGCAAUUGGGCCCAAUCAUCACGAUUCCGUUUUUGACAUGGAUGAUUUCUCAGGUUCGUCCCAUGGACACGCGCAACCUGAAGAGGAACACAUCGAAGUCAAUACGGUUUCUGAACACAAAGAGGAGAGAGCGGCCGAUACGGCUUCUAAACAGCCAGUUAACAGGCACCAUAGCAUUCCUGUACCAUCUCUUGUUGAAUCUUCGUAUCAGCCUAAAUCAUGGUAUGAUUUGGAGGAUGAAUUGGACGAUACGGAAUUCAAUAAGUUUUUUAGCACCUUGAGUUGCAAGAGCGUACCUACAGUGUCCCUCCAACAGCCUUCAGGCAAGGCAGCAGAAGCCCACAAUGAUAUUCGAAUUGUGGAAAAGGAGGUUUUUGUAGGUGGCUCUAGUUGGAGCGACUACUGA